AGAAACAUUCAUUCUGGUUUUGAUUUUGAGGGUCUUCUUCUCCAGGGAAAAAGGGGAAAAGAAAGAGAGAGAAAAUUGUAAAAGAACCCUCCAGUCGUAUCAAAUUUCCAAGACAAUGAAGAUCACCUUCUCUCUUCUAUCUUCGUGAUAAUGUCUUCUUUUAUAUAGGUGAAUAAAUGAAGAAAUUGGGGUCUGUGUUUUUCCGUUUGUUAUGAAUGAUUGAUUAUGAUGAAUGUUUUUGACGAAUCUCCUCACACGUUCUCACUUGACUGUGUCUCAUUGUGCGCGUUUUCUUGGGACAAAUAACCCAGACAGCCAUCCACAUACAUCGAUUCUCAAUAUGUUGUCUCUCUUUGUCUCUGGAAGAAACCAAUUCCCAUUUUCGUUUAUAGGGUUUUCUUUCUUUUUCUUCAAAUCUUUGCUUCCUUUUUAUUGACCCAUGAAGAUCUUGUUUUGUGCCCUGAAAGGCUGCAAUUUUUCUGUGUUUUUGUGCAGAGACAAAUAACCCAUAUCGAUUCUCAGUGUCUUCUGUCUCUUUUUGUUUAUAGGACUUUCUUUCUUUCUUUCUAUUUUUUUAUCGAAUCUUUUCCCAGUGGUGUGUUCUUUUUUGAGCCUUGAAUGAAGAUCUUGUUUAUGCACUGAAAGGGUACAGUUUUUCUUUGAAAAUUCCACGACAGGUUUUCUUUUUAUCUCUUUGUUUGUGAACAAGAACAACAGAAGAAUACAAAUCGAGAAGAAGCUGUUUCGUAAUCAGACCAAAAAUGUCCCAAACUUGUGCUUCAAUUUGAGGCUUGAUUUGGGACCUUGGAUGCUCAUAUAAUCUUUGGUUCUUAAUUGGGUUUCUUUUGUUCUUUGUGUAAUUGUUUCAUAAUCAGACGAAAAUGUCCCAAACUUUUGCUUCGAUCUGAGGCUGGAUUUGGGACCUUGCAUUCUCUUCUAAUCUGGAACCCGAUGGAGUUUUAGUUUAAUCGUUCAAGAAACCAAAUUCUCUAGAAGCACAAAAUUGCUCUUUCCAUGUUCUAGGGUUUUGAUUUCGUUCGUUGUUUAAUAUGGGUUAUUCAUGUCAUUGCCGUGUUAACAGCUACAAAUUUGAUAUCAAAGAAUUCCUUUUUGGCCAUAUUCACCCAGAAUUGCUCGUCUUCUUCAUCAGCCAUGAGGUUCCGAUCAUUUUUAGUUUCUAUUAAGAAUUUUUUCAAACUUCUUUUCAGCUCAUUUAUUUCUCUGUUAUAUCUUCCGAUUUCUUUUGCCAAAAAGAUGGGUUGUGUUCAUGGAAAGUGUUGCUGUCGCAGCCCAUCAUCUUCUAAUGGUAAUUCUUGUCCUGAGGUGAGUCCAAACGGUUUCCAUAGCAAGCGUUUGAUUGCACAAAGAACACUAGAGUCUGUUCUUGUUCCUUCACAUAACUACAAAUUACAGUACUCUUCUUUGACAAAACGUGGGUACUAUCCGGACUCGCCUGGGAAGCAAAACCAAGACAGUUUCUGCAUCAAAACGCAAGUUCAGGGUAACCCAAACGUUCAUUUCUUUGGUGUAUUUGAUGGGCAUGGUCAAUAUGGCACUCAAUGUGCAAAUUUUGUUCAGCAAAAAAUGAUUGAGGUCCUGGAAAAUGAACCCUUGUUGUUGGAUGAUCCUAUUAAAGCUUAUAAUGCAGCAUUUCAAACAGUAAAUAACGAGUUACAUAUGAGUGAAAUUGAUGAUACAAUGAGUGGUACUACCGCAAUUACAGUUCUUCUUAUUGGGGAUAAAAUAUAUGUUGCUAAUGUGGGUGAUUCGAGGGCAGUGAUUGCCAUCAAAGAUGGAAAUAGAAUUGUUGCUGAAAGCUUGUCUGAUGAUCAAACGCCAUUUAGGAAAGAUGAAUGUGAGAGAGUGAAGCUUUGUGGGGCAAGGGUUCUGAGUGUUGAUCAGGUGGAAGGGCUUAAGGAUCCAAAUAUUCAGACGUGGGGUGAUGAAGAGAGCCAAGGGAGUGAUCCUCCUAGGUUGUGGGUUCAGAACGCGAUGUAUCCAGGAACAGCAUUUACACGAAGUGUUGGAGAUAGUGCUGCUGAGAUGAUUGGUGUGGUUGCAGUUCCUGAGGUUGCAGUGGUUCAACUUUCUUCCAAUCAUUCAUUCUUUGUUGUUGCUAGUGAUGGAAUUUUUGAGUUCCUUUCAAGCCAAGCUGUUGUCGAUAUGGCGGCAAAGUAUACAGAUCCUUGGGAUGCUUGUUAUGCAAUUGCUGGAGAAUCAUAUAAACUGUGGUUGGAGCAAGAAAGUCGGACAGAUGAUAUCACAAUUAUAAUUGUCAACAUUAAAGACUUUUCUAAUUCAGGUGAUGGUUUGGCUGACACAAGUGGAGACAAUCUUAGGCCUUCACUUUUGGAAAAUGGGAAGGGCGGUUCUGACAUGUUGACUCCUUCACGGUAGAAUUUUCUCGAUCGGUAAGAAGUGAUUUCUCAGACCUUCAGCAGACUGUUUCAAUUACUUGAAAUCAAGUAAUUACUGUUUCAUCUCUGACUAUUGGAAACAUGCAUAUUUGUGACCUGGAUUAAAGCCUUUCAGAAGCUGGCUUGGGUGCUGUGUUUUAUUUUAUUAAGUGGAUAUCAGCUUCAGGCAGCAGAAGCCAUUUCGUCUGCAAAUCGUCUUCACUGAUUCCUUGCUUAGGAUGUCUUACUGAUGUUACAGAAAAACUGUUACUAACCAGUAACCACACAGCAUGCUACUAGGAGAACAUAAUGCUCUCCUAGCUGUAACUUGCUGACUAAGAGAUGAAGAUGAAUGGAAUGGAAAAUUCAAAGAGGUUUCAGGCAGAUUAAACUGUUGGUAGUUGAUGAUCAUGAUGUGAGGAGAUGUGAAAUUGAAGUUAUGUUUCAUUAUGGGUGUGAAGUUGUUUGGGAUGAUAGCUUUGAAGUUCAAUUAUAUGUAAACAUCAUCAUCUCACCAAUAGAAACAUCCAGAGGUAUAUAUGAUUGUUAACGGCUUUUCCUGCCUGGCAAUGGCGUAUAUAAUAUUCAUUUGAUGAUCUA